AUGAAACGACAUUUGCCACCAGCGUCGAAUUCAACUUCAAAUAGCAAUUCAAUGAUAACAAGUACAUUGAGCAAACUUCUAGUACGAAAACUAACAUUUCGUUCGUCGACAUCCAAUCUCUCUCGAAGCACGCAUGAAUUGAACAGUUAUCAUGAACAACAGGGUUCUUCAAUAACACCAUUGAAUCAACAAACAUCGAUGGGGAAAAAUCAGCAACAGAAAAAUAUUAUUUCUCAACAGAAUAUUCAAUUAAUUGAACAAAUUGGUGAAGGAGAAUUCGGCACUGUUUUCAAAGCAUUUUGGAAAAGCAAACAGAAUGAAUUAUUAACCGUCGCUGUGAAACGUUUACAUAAAUUUGAACAAGCAUUUGGUCUUGAUGACCUACUCAAAGAAAUCUGUGUCCUACAAGAUACCGAACACGCACAUAUCGUUCAAUUCUUUGGCAUUGUUAUCCAAGCAGAUGGGUUAUUUAUGUUGGUAACUGAAUACGCUCAUUCACGAUCGUUGUAUGAAUGUUUAUUAUUAAAAAAUGCAAAGUGUGAAUACACAAUCGAAAUUCUAUUGGAAUUUCUUCGACAAAUCUCCACGGCGAUGAAUUAUUUAGAAAAGAAAUUUCUCAUUCAUCGAGAUUUAGCCAGUCGAAACAUCUUGGUCUUCAGUAAAACAUUGGUUAAACUUUCCGAUUUCGGUCUUUCGCGUCUGUGUUGUUCAGAAACCGAUUAUUACAAAACAUCAUGGAAGGAUACGUUACGAUUGCCGAUAGCAUGGAUGAGUCCAGAAGCAAUUAAUUUUCUACGAUUCACAAGUGCAUCGGAUAUAUUUUCUUUUGGCGUAUGUAUGUGGGAAUGCUUUAGCUACGGUGAAAUGCCAUGGCAAGGAAUGACAAGUGCCGAAAUUGUCAACGCUAUCGACGCACCCAAUUAUCAACGAUUACCGCGUCCUUCUUACGCUACAACAGAGUUAUAUCAAAUAAUGCUUCAUUGUUGGAAGCAUGAACCCUCUGAACGACCUACAUUUGCACAAUUAGAAAAAACUCUACGCGAAAUUGAAAUCAAAAAAGUUCGAUGGAAAGAUACAAAUGGCAAACCGACCAAUUUACCUGACGGUUUUCUUUCCGUAGAAUCCUGUCUGCUUGGACCAUUGACAAUUCUCGAUCGCUGUCUUAACGUUCCCAUAUCAUCGUCAUCGGUCAAUAAUUUUCUUCAGUGUGUAUCUGCAGACGGUCAAGUCGGUUUCGUUAAUAAUAGUGAUGUUGAACCAUUACAUGUUAUUUCAAUAUCAAAACCACUGAUUUCGACACCUAAUUAUCCUAAUUCAACGUCAUUCACAAUGAGUAAUUUAUUUCAUCGCAAAACAGACACGAAAAAGAAUGUUGGAAAAACAAAAGGCAAACAAUUAUCAAAGGAUAUGAUUGGUCUGCCUCAAGCUGAUUUCAUUCAUGCAUUUCAUAUUGGAGUAUCAGGUGAAACAUUUGGUGAUGUGACUUGUCUUGCUGGCGUAGAGAAAACCGAUUUAAUUAAGAUACCUAUUGAAAGAAGUCCAUCGACUGUUAAUGAAUUUGAAUCAAAUUAUAAACAGCCUAUUCUUACUCCUGAACAGAAAGAAGAAGAAGAAGAAGUAGCGAUACUUUCUGUUGAACAGCGAACGGAGGAAAUCGCACCUUCAUCAUUACUAGAUGAAGUAUUACAAGCGUUUACAGAAAUUUAUUCUGAACCUGACACCACUCCACGUUUAACAGUAGAUCAUACUUCAAUAAAACCACCACCAAAACCUGAACGAAGUGAACCAACCUCUCCAAAAUCUCCGACGAUUGAUUUGAAAUUAUCAGCAGUGUCUUCGACAAAAAUCGACUUUAAUCAAUCUCCAUUGGAAAUCGUGACAGAUUCGAACAGUCGAUCACCUGUUCAUACUCGUCUACCAUCCAAAUCUCCAUUAAAAAAAUCGAAUGAAGAAACUUGUCGGUUCACACGUGAACUCGAACAACGUCUACAAAAUGGUGAUAUAAGUAAAGAAGCAAAACAUGCUUACAAUUUAUUAGUAAAUGGUCAUACAGACAGUUCAUCAUUAAUACACGAACAAGAUUCACAUUCAACAAGCAACGAUGAUUUAUCGUCAAAUAAUCAUGAACCAUCAAAUGAUAUUGUCCAUCAUACAAAACAAUCACCUACUCAGCCGCAUGCACCUAUAGCAUUAUUUGGCUCAUCAUCUUCAUCAUCAUCGACGAGUAUAUCAACAAGUUCAGCUAGUAAUCAUACACAAUCAAAUACAUCAUCAUCAUCUAAUCAACAAAAAUCUGACCGACAUUCGCAUUAUUCAUCAACAUCAACUGAUAAUGAUAUUAGUAUUGAUCUAAAAACGCAAACAGAAUUAUCUCCAUUGAAACUUCUUCGAAAUAAUUGUAAUCCAACUCAUUUCAUGUCGAAAUCCAUACGUCAACAAACAUCAACAAAUGAAAUCAAUUCAUCAAAUCAUUCGCCUGUCUCAUCAGCAUCGAAUACAUUAAGUAACUUAUCGUCCACAUCGCCCGUAUUCGAACAUCACAGUGCUCUACCAGCAGCUUCACAUUCAUCUUCAUCAUCCAAUCUCGACGAUAAUCGUUCAUUGUCGAGUUUAUAUUCUCGUUCAUUGUCAACGACAAAAAGUGAACAACAAUCGAUCACCGGACAGCCUUUACCACCUCCACCAGAUCUCUCGAGUUUAGGCAGUAAACUAACAACAGCAACAAUGACCCAUACGCUGAAAAUACCUGCGCCAUUGACGUCGUCGAAUACAUUUCGAUCGAAAAAACGAUUCAAUCUGUUUACUUGA